AUGCGGGGAUCCGUUUUUUCUUUGCAUGUGUUGAUGGAAAAAAAAAAUGUUGUGGUUGCCUUGACUGGAUUUUCAGCCAUUUUGUAUAAGUUGAAGCUGGGCCAGGCGGUGACGACGAUUCCGACGGUGGGAUUCAACGUCGAAACAGUUACCUACAAAAACGUCAAAUUCAAUGUCUGGGACGUGGGGGGCCAGGACAAGAUCCGUCCACUGUGGAGGCAUUACUACACGGGCACUCAGGGUCUCAUCUUUGUCGUCGACUGCGCCGACCGUGAUAGGAUCGACGAGGCGAGGCAGGAGCUCCAUCGAAUCAUCAACGAUCGGGAGAUGAGAGACGCCAUCAUCCUCGUCUUUGCCAACAAGCAGGACCUCCCCGAUGCCAUGAAGCCACACGAAAUCCAGGAAAAGCUGGGACUGACACGUCUUAGAGACAGGAACUGGUACGUCCAGCCGGCGUGUGCGACGACCGGAGACGGCCUCUACGAAGGACUCACGUGGCUCACCUCCAAUCACAAGUCGUGAUCCCUGGCCGAAGUGGGAGGAAAGAGAAACGCAAAAAAGAACAUCGCUUCUGUGUCUGCCUCGCCUCCUGCAUUUGGGCAGGGAUUCCCAAGAAGAAAUAGAAAAAUGUGAUAGUGCUCGGAACGGUGACGUGUCGCGGGCGUCGUGCGAGCGAAGAGGGGGGAAGAGUGCUCGGGGGUCCCACGUGAUAUCAGUAUUGUUUGUUCUCGUGGCCAGCUCAAAGUCUCAAUGGCAGUAGAGCCCUGUUCUCAUGAUCUUUGCAUCAUAUGACUUCUCCCCAGGUGUGGAAAGACUGAAACAAAAGCAGAAAUUUACAAUCCUCAUGUUUUAGCACUUCUUGCCCAACAUACUUUGGCACAAAUAUUUAAUUUUAUCCAUUCACCUGCAGAUCAGGUUUGUGUGCGUCGGGUCAGUCUCAGUCAAGUUACCGGUGGUGGUUGCUCUUAUACUCUUCACCUGCCGUGCUCUCUUUACACUCGCAGAGUUGAAAAAUUGAUUGGAUGGGGAAAGCAAAAAGCCUUGAAGCACUUGGUUUCAGUUUUGUUCAGCAAGUUUCAUACCUGUUGUAUAUUGCUAGGCACAAGUGGUAAAAUUUUUGGAACCUCAUUUCAAAAUGGUUUGUACCUGUUGCUGACAGUUUCAUGCAGCCUCCUAGCAUACUACCUUUCAAGGCAGCUCAGAAUGAUGCAACAUCCAGGCAACACCAUCCUCUGUAGUCAAGUCCUUGUACAAGUAACAGACUCCAUGACAACAACUACUCGUUCUCUUCGCUCCAUGAACUUUCAUUAGUCUAAGUUGUUAAUGAAAUGCAACAAUUUCUAUUUCCCAUGCUCUACUUCUGAUUUCUGACUUUAUCACACUUCUCUAUUUCUUUGUCAUCAACUAUGCAGUGACUAAUCUCUUCCAGCUGGUUUUUGGUUCUGAAUCAUUAGUAAGGUAAUGCAUCAGUUCUGAAAUUGGUUUUGCAUUGUUGACUCUUUCUCUACAUUCACCCGAAGAAACAUUUACUUUAACUGUAGCAGUUUUUUUACUCUUGGAACCGUAUAACUUGAAGUACGUGAAGUAUUCCUUAAUUUUUUUGGAAUUUUCCCUUUCAAAGUCUGUCCAAAUAUUCCAGCAUGGCUAAGGAGACAAACUUUUGGUAAUU